CAUAUUUUUCAGGCGUGAUGAGAAAAGAGCCGGCACCAGCGGAUAGGUUCGGAUUCGUCUACCGCUGUGAAAAACUACAACAAAAGAAAAAAAUGCGCCGGCGGACUGGCGGCUCCGUCUGGCGGGCCGUUUGCACCGGUACCCUCUCUUGUACCCAUAACACAUUUUUUGAAAGAGCUCAGCUCUCAGCUCAAGAGGUGCUAAUGAUAAUUUAUGAAUGGGUCAAGGAGGAGCCGGUCACCGUCGCCGCGAAAGAAUGCGGCGUGGCCCUGCAAACAGCGGUGGACUGGUUUAACUUCUGCCGGGAAAUUGCGGAGGUUUUCGUCUCCAACAACCAAAACCAUCAACUUGGCGGUGAAAAAAAGCACGUCGAGGUAACGAUCGAUCCAAGUUUCUGACUUCGCCGAUAUGUCUAUGUCUCUAUAUCUAUAUACAUAUGUUUUCUUUUCAGAUUGAUGAAACUUUCACAAGGAGACGAAAAUACAACCGCGGGCGCGUUACCAAAGGCACCCAAAUAACUAUAUUUGGUGCCUAUUGUCGGGAAACGCGAGAGGUGAUGUACUGGCAUGUAAGUAGUAACGAAACAUUAUUUCCUAUUAUUAUUUACUUUUAGUGGAAGUUUUGUGUUAUAUUUUCUCGUAUUCUUUCAGGUGGAGAACAAAAGCAGGCGCGUUCUGUGGAGCCACAUGUACAGAUACAUCGCCCCAGGUUCCAUUAUCGUUUCCGACAGCGCGCCCCAAUAUCGCGGUUGUACGACGAUGGGCUUCUCGGAUCAUAAGACCGUGAAUCAC